AUGUCUUCAUCCCAGCUCCCGCCGCUUUCGCUGACCUGCGAGGUCAAAUUUCCCAGCAAAGACGACAACCCCCAAGAUCAUGUUGUCCGUUGGUCCGGCAUCCACGUCAGCGUCCCGGCUGUCGUCGUGAUUCCCGAGUCUGAAUCGGAUGUCGUUGCGGCCAUCGUGUAUGCCAAAGACAACAGCCUCCGCGUUGUCGUCGCCGGUGGCGGUCAUGCUCCUUUCAUUCCCGUGACAGCCAAGACGCUCUACCUCGACUUGCGGCGCUUCAAGUCGAUUGUCCUAGAUGAGGGUGCAUCAACAGUCACUAUCGGCGGCGGCGUGUUGACUGGCGAGCUGCACACAUAUCUUCUUGAGCGCGGCUUCUACGCUACGCUUCCCAACUCGUCUGCUGUCGGCGUCGUCGGCGCUGUUCUGGGUGUGGGCAAUGGGCCGUUUAACAGUCUGCACGGGUUCAUGGCCGACAACGUCGAAUCCGUGCGCAUUGUCACUCUGCCAAAGGAAGGUGCCGCAGCGUCGCAUGAUAUCAGCCACUCAUCCACCGGUGCCGACGAGCGCAGCUUGUUUGCGGCCGUGUGUGGCGCCGGUCAUGGCCUUGGCGUGAUCGUAUCUAUGACACUGCGGGCCUACAAGGUCGCAGAUCUGCGUCUCGACGGGGGUGACCAGGUGUGGAACCGACGGGGCGUCUUUCCCGCUCCUGUCAUUCGGGAUGCGGCCCGGGCCUUCGUGUCGCUCUUGCCUUUAACGGGCCCUGCGAAUGCAACCCUGCUGAUUGCACGCAGUCCACCGAAUAUGCCACGCCCAGGAUCGCCUAUUGCCAUGCUGGUUGCGGCGCACUUUGGUCCUUCUGCAGAGGCCGAGGCAUCGCCAGCUGCCAAGAUCCUCCUCGGUGAGGAUUUUGCUGCCAAGGCCGCUGUGUCGGUCACAGAAGGUGUACCGUUGGCAAAAUUGAAUGCCUCGACCGAGCCGUUCAAUGCAGUUGGUGGAUCCAAGAUUCUGUCUGGCACUUAUCUGCACUCCAUCAACGAGGACGUCAUUGUGUCGCUGUUUGAGCGCUUUGUUGCCUUCACCAACGAGCGUCCCGACCUAUGGAACACGUACAUUGCCAUCCCCACCUGGAACACGACCAAAUCUCUGCAGCUGGGUGCCUCUCCGGAGAGAAAGGACAACUUUCAUGUGGCCCGCGACCGCAAUGUGCUCGUCCUCUCGGCCGUUUGGUCCAAGACCGGCGGUGCCGACAUCGAGUCCGAGUCCAGUACAUACUCGGCAGAAAUACAGGAGAUCGCUGGUCGUGACGAGUCUGGUCCGUUGAUUGGCUUUGCGAACAACCUGGCAUUCCCUGCCAAGUUGGCCGACUACUAUCCCGCAGACAAGGUCGACGAGCUAGCACGGGUUAAGACACAGUGGGAUCCCAAUGGUCUUUUCUGGAGCCCGUCCAUGGGUGUCGAGUGA